GUCAUUUGGUGGAACUGUUCUGACGUACGUUCCGUCGACGUGGACGCCGAACAGGAAGAGACUUUUGCAUUUGGUUACGUGGAAGUAGCAGGUUUUUCGUCCGAGGCUGCGAGCAUCUCCUGCCUUCGCCCUUAGACUUACAAAAUGAUUAAAAAAUUUGACAAGAAAGACGAAGAGUCUGGAAGUGGGUCGAACCCUUUCCAGCAUCUGGAGAAAAGUGCUGUGUUGCAGGAGGCUCGCAUCUUUAACGAGACCCCCAUCAAUCCACGACGAUGCCUCCACAUCCUCACCAAGAUCAUCUACCUGCUCAACCAGGGAGAGCAUUUUGGGACCACAGAGGCUACAGAGGCCUUCUUUGCAAUGACGAGGCUGUUUCAGUCAAACGAUCAAACACUGAGGAGGAUGUGUUACCUCACUAUCAAAGAGAUGGCAAACAUCUCUGAGGAUGUAAUCAUCGUCACCAGCAGCUUAACUAAGGACAUGACUGGAAAGGAAGAUGUGUACAGAGGACCUGCCAUCAGAGCCCUCUGCAGGAUCACUGAUACCACCAUGCUGCAGGCCAUUGAGAGGUACAUGAAACAGGCUAUUGUUGACAAGGUGCCCAGUGUAUCGAGCUCAGCGCUGGUGUCUUCUCUGCACAUGGUUAAGAUGAGCUAUGAUGUGGUGAAACGCUGGGUCAACGAAGCACAAGAGGCAGCCUCCAGUGACAACAUUAUGGUCCAGUACCACGCUCUUGGCCUGUUGUACCACCUGAGGAAGAACGACCGUCUUGCUGUGACUAAGAUGCUCAACAAGUUCACCAAAUCUGGUCUGAAGUCUCCGUUUGCUUACUGCAUGUUGAUCCGCAUUGCAAGCAAACUGCUGGAUGAAACGGAAGGAGGUCACGACAGCCCGCUGUUCGACUUCAUCGAGGGCUGCCUGAGGAACAAGAAUGAGAUGGUGGUGUAUGAAGCCGCGUCCGCCAUCGUCCAUAUGCCCAACUGCACCGCCAGAGAGCUGGCCCCCGCCGUGUCAGUGCUGCAGCUCUUCUGCAGUUCCCCUAAAGCUGCCCUGAGGUACGCCGCUGUGAGGACUCUCAAUAAGGUCGCCAUGAAGCAUCCAUCCGCUGUGACCGCCUGCAACCUGGACCUGGAGAACCUGAUCACCGAUUCCAACCGCAGCAUCGCCACUCUGGCCAUCACCACCCUGCUGAAGACUGGCAGUGAGAGCAGCGUGGACCGUCUCAUGAAGCAGAUCUCCUCUUUUGUGUCCGAGAUCUCUGACGAGUUUAAGGUAGUUGUGGUUCAGGCCAUCAGCGCUCUGUGUCAGAAGUAUCCCAGGAAGCACAGCGUCAUGAUGAACUUCCUGUCCAACAUGCUCAGAGAUGACGGCGGCUUCGAGUACAAGCGAGCCAUUGUGGACUGCAUCAUCAGCAUCAUCGAGGAAAACCCCGAGAGCAAAGAGACCGGCUUGGCCCACCUGUGCGAGUUCAUAGAGGACUGCGAGCACACCGUCCUCGCCACCAAGAUCCUCCACCUGUUGGGCAAAGAAGGGCCGCGCACGCCGCAGCCCUCCAAGUACAUCCGCUUCAUCUUCAACCGGGUGGUGCUGGAGAGCGAGGCGGUCCGUGCAGCUGCUGUCAGCGCUUUGGCGAAAUUCGGAGCUCAGAAUGACGACCUGCUGCCGAGCGUGCUGGUUCUCAUGCAGAGGUGCAUGAUGGACAGUGACGACGAGGUUCGAGACCGAGCCACUUUCUACAUGAAUGUGCUGCAGCAGAAGCAGAAGGCUCUGAAUGCAGCUUACAUCUUCAAUGGACUGUCCGUGUCUAUUCCUGGGUUAGAGAAGUCCCUCCAUCAGUACACGCUGGAGCCGUCGGAGAAACCUUUCGAUAUGAAGUCCGUGCCUCUGGCCACUACUCCCAUCACCGAACAGAAAACCGAAAUUGCACCUGUUGCAACCAGCAAGCUGCCGGAGAAGCUGGCUCCAUCCCGGCAGGAUAUUUACCAGGAACAACUGGCAUCAAUCCCAGAGUUCCAGGGUCUGGGUCCGCUCUUCAAGUCCUCUGACCCGGUGCAGCUAACGGAGGCUGAGACGGAAUACGUGGUGCGCUGCAUCAAACACACCUUCGCCAGACACAUGGUCUUCCAGUUCGACUGCACCAACACUCUGAACGACCAGCUGCUGCAGAAGGUGGUGGUGCAGAUGGAGCCGUCAGAAGCUUACGAGGUCGAACACUACAUUCCUGCGGCCAGUUUGCCUUACAGCCAGCCGGGUUCCUGCUACACUCUGAUCCGCUUACCGGAGGACGACCCCACCGCUGUGUCGUGUACGUUCAGCUGCACCAUGAAAUACCUGGUUAGAGACUGCGACCCCAACACCGGAGAGCCCGACGACGACGGUUACGAUGAUGAAUACGUGUUGGAGGAUCUGGAGGUGACGGUCGCAGAUCACAUCCAGAAGGUUCUCAAACCAAACUUUGGAGCGGCGUGGGAAGAAGUGGGAGACGAAUUUGAGAAGGAAGAGACGUUUGCUCUGGCUUCUGUUCGAACUCUAGAUGAGGCUGUAAACAACAUCAUCACCUUUUUGGGAAUGCAGCCAUGCGAACGCUCCGACAAAGUUCCAGAAAACAAGAACUCUCACGUCCUCUUUCUUGCUGGUGUGUUCCGUGGCGGUCACGACGUGCUCAUUCGAGCUCGCCUGGCGUUGGCCGAUGGCGUCACCAUGCAGGUGACGGUUCGCAGUAGCGAGGAGACGGUUGUGGACGUGAUCCUGGCGUCUGUGGGCUAAAUUCAUAUGCCAUCAUUUUUCCUUAUCACACUGAAGAAGUUCCAGAUUUCCUGUUGCCGUGGUUAUGCAUCUGUACAACCUCAAAUAUUUUAUAAUUCUGUCGUACUCGUGUAGCGUUUCUUCAAAUCUUUUGUUUCUGUAAAAUGUCAAAGCUGCAAUACACUU